CCUCCGUUGCCAUGACAACACAGAAACUUUGACAUGGCGUCCCUUUUAACAGACCCGUUGUUUGAGAUAUCUGGAAACGCUCCUCCACCCAACAGGAAUUAUUAUAAUUUUGUUAUCACCAAGUCAGCUGUGAUAUGGAGAUGGUGGAAGAUAUCUCCGAGAGCUGUAGACAGGAACUCCAGGCCUGGGGAGGUGAAGGAGUCUCACCAGGACUUGUUGGAUGAUGCUUGGCUGCAGUGUACAAUAAUGGGCUUCUUCCCAGGUGAGAUCAGUAUGGUUUUUGGUCGUGGAAUCUUGCAGUACACCAAGGCUUUGUGCCAAGGCCAUUAUGACUAUCUAGAGCGCCUGUCUGACUCAAUACUUAUGUGGAUAAUAAAUUAUCUGGAACUAGAGGAUGUGGGUCAGCUUGGACGGACGUCACGCAGGUUCAGGCAGCUGUGUGGCUCACAGGAGUUUUGGGAGCAGGCAGUGCGGCAGCGCUGCUGCACAGUAUCAGCAGAGGAAGCAUCUCUGGCGCUUGAGGUGGGCUGGCGCAGCAUGUUUUUCACCAGCAAGCUGCAGCUGCAGAAGCUGAUCAGCCGCAGGAGGCUGAAGACCAAGGAGCAACAAGAAAGACAGGUCUCUGAGCCAUGUGCAAAGAUUGAAGUAUCUCCUGAUGAAAGCUCAGAGACAGACCAGACAUCCGGUUCUGAGGAGGAAUCUCACCAUGGCAUUAUCCCCCAUCUAAGCCUUGGCAUUGAUCCUGUUGCUGGCUUUGACACUAGCUCUUCCUGUGAUGUUGACCCUGACCCUAACCCUGAACCACAGGCUGGCACUGAUUCCAGCGUGCUUGUACCUUGCCAAGUGAUCGAGGACAGGAAGAAGUGUGCUGUGGCAUCACCGGUGCAGGACGAUGCAGUGGGCAGUAGUAGAGGAGACUUCUUUGCAGAGCCAGACAAGACACUGAAUUAACCCUUGUGCCUGUGUUUCAGGCUUAAUGUUGUAUCGAUAUGCCAUUUAUACACACUCCUCAGCCUGCAAGGAGUUUGAAGAAUGUCAAAUCUAUUUUUUUUUUUUUUUUUUUUUUUUACCUUUGUUGAUAAUUCUAAAAUAUCUUAGGAUAUUUGGGGAUGUUUUUAUUUGUAUGUUGAUUGUGCCAUGACUUUUCUGACUAAGCACACCUUAAUAACAACAACAAAAAUACAAACAGGACAUUGUAGAUCAGAUUAAUCAUUCAGACAUAUUUUAAAAUAUUGUAAGUUGCAGAUUUAAUAUACAUUUAAUAAACAAUAUGCAGUCGUGCUGACCGUGGCACCAUUCAUGAACUAAUUCUGAGUCAGUAACUACUGGCCACUUAACAAUGAGACUCAGCUGUACUUAAGGGACACAAACAUGGUCAGUUUUGCAUUCUUAACAAGGAGGACCUGCGCCAGCUCCUGAGAGAUUGCGACAUGUUAUGAGUCGAGUCACAAGAUGUUGCUCCCUUCUGUCAACCAGUGCCCACAACACUGCAGAAGGGAGGUUUCUGUCAUCCUUACCAGGUACCCAAGCUCAUUCAUCUUUUAGUAGAGGAGUAGCACUUUCAACACAGAAAAAGCUACUCUUCGGUUUUUAAUUGUUUAAACUG